UGUCAAAACUGUCACUCAAGCCAAAACAACCAGAAGUCAAGCAGAAAUACAAUUUGUUUUCGUAAAAAAGUAUAAAUUUUCCAUUUAAAAAAAUGGUUUACGUUAAUAUUCAAGGAAAAAGAUUAAUGCAUUGUGAUGCAAAAAAUCUAAAACAUAUUCAUCAACAAAUAUUCAAUGCAACGAAUCUUGCUUCAGAUCAAUUCUACUUACUCCAAAAUGGUAAAACAAUAACCCAAGACAACUAUUCCAAUGACUCAACAGCCGACAUUAACGUUCAGCUAAGAAUUCCAGGCGGGAAAGGAGGAUUUGGUUCUAUGCUGCGUGCCAUCGGAGCCCAAAUCGAAAAGACAACAAAUCGUGAAGCUUGUCGCGACUUAAGUGGCCGUAGACUUCGUGAUAUUAACGAAGAGAAACGUCUUAAAGCGUGGCUAGAAAAACAAAAAGAUCGUGAAGCUGAAGCGGAGGAGAAAAAAAAGAAAAAAGUUGCAAAACUACUGCACGUUCCGAAACAUGAAUUCAAAGAUGCGCAAUACGAAGAAGCCAGAACAAAUCUUACUGAAAAAGUAAAUGAUGCAGUGGAAGAGGGUUUCCAAAACGAAAUAGAAAAACAAAAUAAUGAAAAACCGAACUUAAAACGAAAAGCUGAACCAGUCGCUAAAGCUAAGAGUGCAAAAGGGGCGCUGUGGCUGGGAGCAGAUAUUGAUGGUUCUUCUUGUUCUUCCAGCAGUGAAGAUUCAGAAACAGAAGACGGACCUUCGACAUCAAAGAAAAUAGUUAAACAAUAGUAAAAUUGUAAAAUAGGUUAACAUUUGCUGAUAUUUCAAUAAAAGAUUUUUUUAUUUUU